GGCAAUGAAAGUAUUUCGGUCAAGGCUACAAAAUUGUUUGGGGCGUGCGGUGCUAGAUGCUCAAAGGAAGGUGCGUUGUACAGUAGGUUACCUAGAUUUGCUUUGCAGCAGCCACCAUCUCGUCAUUCGACAGUAUAUCCUUCUCGAAACCGUUGACGACCAGAUGCAGCAUCAACGCGACGCAAUCCUCCGUGGCGAUAAUGGGCCAGCCGUUCUUGUUCGCGAAGUCGCGCGAGUCUUCUAUCUUAGCACGCUCGGUGAUCACUCCCGGUCUCACCGCACACGCCUCGAAUCCGUCAAGCUCGCCCGCCAAAUCAAAGACGGCAUUUUCCACAUCACCCUGCGCCAUCGAUAAAACUCCGCAAAUUCUCCUUCAACCUUCGCGGUUUGGUCUCGGAUGGCUCCGGACCCGCUCAUAUAGCAGAAUCGGAACGGCUUGGCAGGAGACGAAUCUGCGAGCGCUUGGAUGCCGACGAGCGU